AGAUGAAGGUGACCGGGAAUCCACAUUCUCUAGCGACAUUACCGGCUACAGCAAAAGCGCUCGUUCCAACAACAGGCACGGAUCUCAAGACCUCUCAAAAACCGACAACUACUAGACGCAAGGCCCGAAACCCGAGCCUGAACCGUCUGAGGAGGACUGGAGCUCCUGUUGGGAGACGGAGCAGGCCGGAGACUCCUCUGCUGAAGUGGAAGAUCGAAGAUAAAGGGAGAGAGCGAAAAGGUGGUGCCGAUGUCAACGGCGAUGGUGACGAUGAUUAUGAUGUGGAGAAGGAGAAUCGCCGGAGGAGUCGGAGGCGGAGUGCGAGGGCCGUGUCGGCUAGGAAGCUCGGGGCUGCUCUCUGGAGACUGCAGCUUCCGGAGACUGUCACCGGCGCGGGAGAAGAGAGGAAGAGGAUAGAUCGCUUAGGGUUCGAGAAAAGUGCUGGUUAUGGAGGUGUUCCAUUUAUUUAUCACUAUAGUGACAAAAUGUAUGGAUCUGAAGCAAAAGAUCCAUUAGAGAGUCCUAGUUCUGUCACUAAAAAAGGGAAAGGGUUUUUCAAGGUUGAAUCCUCAUUUCAGUUUUCCAACUCUGCAAUGGAGGGGGCAACAAAGUGGGACCCUGUCAAUUUUGAAGCAACAGAUGAGGCAUGCCAGAUUUACAGCCAUACGAAGCUUAUUGAUCAGCAAGCGAGUGCUGUAUCCAUAGUUUCAGUCCUAGAAGCUGAACUAGAGCAGGCUCGUGCUCGUAUCGAGGAGCUUGAGACUGAGCGGAGAUCCCAGAAAAAGAAACUUGAGCAUUUCCUGAGGAAAGUUAGUGAGGAAAGAGCUGCAUGGCGGUGUCGAGAGCAUGAAAAAAUCCGUGCUUUUAUUGACGACAUCAAGGCUGACUUGAAUCGAGAAAAGAAGAAUCGCCAGAGGUUGGAAAUCAUAAAUUCGAAAUUGGUUAAUGAGCUCGCAGAUGCUAAGGUAUCAGUAAAGCGAUAUAUGCAAGACUAUGAAAAAGAAAGAAAGGCCAGAGAGUUAAUUGAGGAAGUAUGCGAUGAACUUGCUAAGGAAAUUGGAGAAGACAAGGAGGAGGUCGAAGCAUUGAAGAGGGAAUCCAUGAAGCUAAGGGAAGAAGUGGAAGAAGAAAGGAAGAUGUUGCAGAUGGCUGAGGUCUGGCGUGAAGAACGUGUUCAAAUGAAGCUUGUUGAUGCUAAGGUGGCACUUGAACAGAAAUAUUCACAUAUGAACAAGCUUGUAGCAGAUUUAGAAAAUUUUCUCAAGUUGAGAAAUGCCAACCCAGAUAUAAAGGAAAAUAGAGAGGCAGAAUUACUUCGGCAGGCUGCUGCCUUGGUUAAUAUUCAAGAAAUUAAGGAGUUUACCUACAAGCCGUCUAAUCCAGAUGAUAUUUUCUCUGUCUUUGAAGAUGUGAAUUUUUGUGAAGCCAAUGAAAGGGAAAUUGAGCCUUGUGUUGCAUAUAGUCCUACCAAUCAUGCCACAAAAUUUCACACAGUGAACCCUGAAGUCAAUAUGAUCAACAAAGAUGGCACGCAGAGACAUUCAAAUGGAUACAUCGAUCGGAAUGGUGAUAUUGAAGAAGAUGAAAGCGGGUGGGAAACUGUGAGUCAUCUCGAGGAUCAGGGCUCAAGUUAUUCGCCCAAUGGAAGUAUCCCAUCUGUUAACAAGAACCACCGUGAUAGUAACGUGUCAGGGAGUGGAACAGAAUGGGAAGAAAAUGGAUGUGAAGAAACACCAAUUACUGAGAUCAGUGAAGUCUGCUCUGUGCCCAAUCGGCAUCCAAAGAAGGUAUCAUCAAUAGCAAGGCUUUGGAGGUCAUGUCCGAAUAACGGGGAAAACUACAAGAUAAUUUCUGUGGAGGGACUGAAUGCCAGGCUUUCAAAUGGGAGAAAAUCCAGUGGUGCCGUCAUGUCACCAGAUCGAGGUUCAGGUAAAAGUGGACUCAGCCCUAAUGAUAUGGUAGAACAAUGGAGUUCACCAGAUUCUGGUAAUCCUCACAUAAGAGGGAUGAAAGGGUGUAUUGAAUGGCCUCGCGGGGCGCAGAAGCAUAGCUUGAAGGCGAAGCUUUUGGAAGCAAGGAUGGAAAGUCAGAAGGUUCAGUUGCGGCAUGUUCUUAAACAGAAGAUCUAGGACUGAGACAUAAGAUUUUUUAUUGCCAAGCUCAGCUCAUGGGAAAUAGCAGACAGAAAUAAGUCCAAUAUAUAUCUUUCAACCAUGAAAGCAUCAAAAUGAGUAAAGCAGCCCAACAGUUGGUUAAGGGAGCUCGGUAACAAGGGCACUGGGUCAGCCCCAUUGAUUUAGUAUUACUCAGUUCUCUGUAAACUCCUAUGCUAGGCUGAGAUUUUUGUUGCAUCUCUGGCAAGAAAGUACCCCUGGACUAAUGUGAUCCUCAAUGGAAGAGUUGAAUUCAUAUGAAGGAGAUUGAUUAAAUGGGUAUCUGCAGAUUAUUCAGGAAAGAAAUUAUGUAAUAUGUAUUGUAUUUUCAAAAUCUGAGAACAUCAUCCAUUUAAGAAAAGACCCAUAAAAUCAUGGUAGAAAUUCAAAUGCAUAGCGAUCUAGUCUUCA